UUGGGGUGGACAGCCAUCGUCCAGCGUCGCCACGUCCAGCUUGGUGCCACGCCCCGGCCGGUGCUGCGGGAGCCCCAGCCAUGCUGUUCUGGCACACGCAGCCCGAACACUACAACCAGCACAACUCUGGCAGCUACCUGCGUGAUGUGCUGGCUCUGCCCAUCUUCAAGCAGGAGGAGCCACAGCUGUCGCCUGAGAAUGGGGCCCGCUUGCCGCCUCUACAGUAUGUGCUGUGCGCUGCCACCUCUCCAGCUGUGAAGCUACACGAAGAGACCUUGACGUACCUCAAUCAAGGUCAGUCAUAUGAAAUCCGGCUACUGGAGAACCGGAAGCUAGGGGACUUCCAAGAUCUGAACACGAAAUAUGUGAAGAGUAUCAUCCGUGUAGUUUUCCAUGACCGCCGGCUGCAGUACACCGAGUAUCAGCAACUGGAAGGUUGGCGGUGGAGCCGGCCUGGGGACCGCAUCCUGGACAUUGAUAUCCCACUGUCUGUUGGUAUCUUGGACCCCAGGGCCAGCCCAACCCAACUGAAUGCUGUGGAGUUUUUGUGGGAUCCCGCAAAGAGAGCAUCUGCAUUCAUUCAGGUGCACUGUAUCAGCACGGAAUUCACCCCCAGGAAGCAUGGGGGUGAGAAGGGAGUGCCUUUUCGGGUGCAGAUUGACACGUUUAAGCAGAAUGAGAAUGGGGAAUACACGGAGCAUCUCCACUCUGCCAGCUGCCAGAUCAAGGUGUUCAAGCCAAAGGGAGCUGAUCGGAAACAGAAGACUGACCGGGAAAAGAUGGAGAAGAGAACAGCUCAGGAGAAGGAGAAGUACCAGCCGUCCUAUGAAACCACCAUCCUCACUGAGUGCUCUCCGUGGCCUGAUGUAGCCUACCAGGUGAACAGUACUCCAUCCCCAAGCUACAAUGGCUCUCCCAACAGCUUUGGCCUUCGUGAAGGUAACAGCUCACCUACCCACCCGGUGGAGCCCUUAUCCCUGGGCAGUGAUCACCUGCUCCCAUCAGCUUCUAUCCAGGAUGCGCAGCAGUGGCUGCACCGCAACCGCUUCUCACAGUUCUGCUGGCUCUUCGCCAGCUUCUCAGGUGCUGACCUGCUGAAAAUGUCCAGAGAUGAUUUGGUCCAGGUCUGUGGCCCCGCAGAUGGGAUUCGGCUCUUCAAUGCCAUCAAAGGCAGGAAUGUGAGGCCAAAGAUGACCAUCUACGUAUGCCAGGAGCUGGAGCAGAACCAAAUGCCCCUCCCGCAGAAGCAGGAUGACAGCGGGGACAAUAGCCUGUGUGUGUACCACGCUAUUUUCCUGGAAGAGCUAACCACGCUGGAGCUGACUGAGAAGAUUGCCAGCCUGUACAGCAUCCCCCCGCAGCAUAUCCACCGGGUGUACCGACAGGGUCCCGCUGGCAUCCAUGUGGUAGUGAGCAAUGAGAUGGUUCAGAAUUUCCAAGAUGAGUCUUGUUUUAUCCUCAGCACGUUGAAAGCAGAGAGCAAUGACGGCUACCACAUCAUCCUGAAGUGUGGACUCUGAGCAGCAGUGACCUGCACCUGCCCCCAGCCCCAUGGACCCCUGGCUCUAGACGUUGCACCGCUGUCAGCUGCUGUCUCAUCUCACAAGCUCCUACUAGGAGGGCCUCUGCCCAGACCAGGAAAGCUACAGACAGCCAUGGACACAAAGUCUGGCAUGCAGAAAGCCACUUACUUAUUCUCUACUCUUUUCUUCUUGGCUUUUAGCUUUUUACCAGUUUCUUGUUCUGCUUCCCAGGCAGAUAGUGGGGACCUGCACCUCUUAAACCCUGUACCCUGCAUUUGGAGGCCCCUUAGAUAUAUAUUGGUCUCUCCUGACUGCUCUUCCUGCCUCACCCUGUCCUGCCCCUCCUUGAACCCCUGGCUUCAUGGCUAGCUCUACGAGCCUGACAGGGACACCUUGCACAGCGCUCCUACUCUAAUACUGACUUCCCUUCUCAGUGACCCUCGUGGCCUCUCUCUCCUGUCCAUGGAUGAACCAGUAGGACUGGGGCUAUUUAUCUUGUGCCUUCCUCCUCUUUCUCAGUUGCCUUGUUUCUAAGGCUCUGCUGCAUUCAAGCCCGGAGGCUUGACAUGGCAGAUGCCAAAGUGCACCUGUGUGACCUCUCGUGGACACCUCUUCUGUUACUGUGAUAAGAUACUCUGACAAAAGCAAUGUAAUGGAGAAACGGCUUAUUUUGGCUUAGCGUUUUGUAGGGGUAGACUCCUUAUCAUGGUGAGGAAGGUACAUAGUGGAAAGCUAAUUGAUCUCAUUUUUAUACACAUAAGGAAGCAGAGAGAGAGAGAGAGAGAGAGAGAGAGAGAGAGUGAGAACAGGAAGUAGUACAAGGUUACAAGCCCUCAAGGCUCACCCCAGUGAUAAAGUUUCUCCAGCAAGACUGCAUCUCCUCAAGUCCCAUAACAUCCCCAGACAACAACACUAGCUAGGAUCACGUGCGCAAAAACAUAAGCCUCUGGGAUACAUUCCUCAUCUAAACCAAAUGCUUUGCCCUGUGUGACCUCCCACAGCUGCUGUGGACUAGGAGAAGCAUGAGAACAAAAUGAUUCCUCUUGGGCUGCUACAGUGUACUUUCUUUCCUGUUGAGUAAAGAGUACUAAAGAAGUGAUGAUUCCAUUGUAUCCCAGUGGCCUUGACCAUUGGUUCUAGGCCUUUGGGAUUGGGCUAUGGCUCAGUAGACCCCUUGCCUGGCUCAAGCAUGAGGCACUGGGUACCAUCCCAUUACUACAACCAGCGGGACUUAGGCCAUUCCGUUUUUGAGACAGCCUCAGCUAAGUACUGCUGUUUGCCAAGUUGUCUAGGGGAAGUGUAUUUUCUUCAGUGCUCCGUUUGAUUUAAGAUCCUCUUUUCCCAGCUGUAGGUGUAUAUAUAGGUUAUUUUAUCUUUGUUGGUAUGGUUAAAUCAGCAUUAUUAACUAUGGGGGAGUUUGAGGAUCAGGAGCUGUGGUAGAUGUAAGAAUUCACCUUCAUUUUGCCAGUUAUCUAUGCCUGCCCAAAGCUUCAACUCCUUCCUAAUUCAACUUACCCUGAGCCAUGGUGAGAUACUGCUAGGCUCAAAGAUCAUCAGGUUUUGGAAAAUCCUAUUUUAUAGGCAGAGAAACUUACAGUGAAGUGGAGCUCUCAGUUCCUUGUCUUUGGGGACUGUGUGGGUGGGGUUGACAGCUUUAGUGAGACGUUGGUGCUGUGAACAUAUUGGCACAGGCUUUCCUGUGGACAGCUUCAUUUGAGGAAUUUGUCUGGGAGUAGAGUGGAUAGCUCCUGAGAUAAUUGUUCACCUCUUUGAGGAACUGCCCAGUGUUUCUCACUUAGCUGCACCUGUUUGCAUUCCCACCAGCAAUGGAGGAUGGUUCUAGUUUCUCUGUCUCCUCACCAACAUUUGCUGUGAUAUCGCUCUUGCCUGCUCUCCUUCCUUCUUCCUUCCUUUCCUCCCUCCCUCUUUCCUUCCCUCCCUCCCUCCAUCCCUCUCUUCCUCCCUUCCAUGUAGUCCAUUCUGGGCUCAAAAGUCACUGGGUAAAAGAGGAUAUUGAACUUCUGAUAAUCCUGCUUCUACCUCCCGAGUGAUAAGCAUACAGAAAGUGCCUCCACACCUAAUUUAUGCAUUGCAGGACAGAAUCCAGGGCUUUGUGCUUGCUAGGCAAGUGCUCUACCAACUGAGUCACUUCCCUUAUGCUGAAUAUCCUGCAGGUGUCCUGCAUGCCUCUGAUGGUUAAUGGUGUUCAAUGUCUUUUCACAUAUUGAUUGGCUAUUUGUAUAUCUUUGGCGAAAUGUCUGUUCAAGUCCUUGGCCAAUUUUUAAAUUGGGGUGUCUUUUCAUUGACUUAUACAAGUUGUUGGUAAAUUCUAGGUGCAAACCCUUUACAGUUUUUCUUCAUUCCGUAAGUUGUCUUCAUCCUCUUAAUGAUUGAUGUUCCAUGGGCUUUACAAGUUUCUAAAUUGGUUGGGCGUGGUGGUAUGAAUCAGCACUCCCAGUACUCAGAAAGCUGAGGUUUCCACAUCCAAGGCCAGCCUAGCCUACAUAGUGAGACCCAGUCUCAAAAACCAGUUACUAUUUAUUUAGUUUGUGUGAUGCCUGAAUUACCUUCUGUUGCUCAUGCUUUUGAUAUGGGUGCUAAGACACCAUGACCUAAUGCAAACCCAGAAAAAUCUUUGUUUCAUAGAACUUUUAAAAAAUGUAAUGUUAAUUUUUUUUCUGUGUAUUGGCAUUUUGCCCACAUAUAUGUCUGUGUGAGGGUGUUGGAUCCCCUGGAACUAAAGUUACAAGCAGGUGUGAGGUGCCAUUUGGGUGCUGGAAAUUGAACCCUGGUCCUUUGGAGGGGCAGCCAGUGCUCUUAACAGCUAAGCCCUCUCUUCAGCCCCUCUUCUUAGAACUUUUAAGGUUUUAGUUGUUACCAUGAGCUUUGCUCCAGUUUGAAUUACUUUCACAUGUAUGGCAUGUAGCUCGGAAGUCCAGUUUCCUCCUUUUGCAUGUGAGUAUCUGCUUUUUAGCCCUAAUUACUGAAAGGACUGCAUCUCCCGUAGGCAGUCACUUCCUACUAGAUCUCUGGGGGCCUGGUGGGACCAUUGCUGAUCUCUUGUUCCUUUCCCCUUCACAGUCUGCAUUUGGGUCUGUUGUUCCUCUGCCCUUUUGUUCUUCCUGUCAGCAGGACUGGGUAACGCCUCCCCGUUCUGCCAUCUUUCCUGGUGCAUGGCCUACCACUCCCUAAUUCUAGAGGAAGGUCACAACCAAACAUUUACAUGCUUGGAUAGAAAGGCAACCGAGUCACUUAGAAUAUUUGCUCAAGGUCAGACACUGGUGGAAAUAGGACUAGACUUUGGGCCUCUGACUUUCAGCCCAUCAAGAUAUCUGUGGCCUUGUACCCAAUUGAUGUCUCUACAUGGGCCAUAUGAGGAAAGACUAAACUGAUACUUUUCUGUCCCAUAUCAAAGUGGUCUAAAUGGAGAGCAAAAGAUGGCACACUGUAGAAAGAGCAGAUGGCAUGGGCAGUUCAUGUCUCAUCUUGGGGUCUGUAUUACUUUUCUCAUUGUUGUGACAAAAACAAAAACAACAACUUACAGAA